AUGACGACUGCACACCUUGUAGGACAGCUUCUACCAAUCACAUCUGCAGAGCUUGGACGUCUUGUUCUCAAUCCCAAAAAACCGAAUCAAGAUUUCAUCGAUCUGAUAUUUGAACCGACAUUUACUUGCCAGAUAACAAAGAACUUCCAGGAAAACUAUGAAGAGAGACGUCGAUUUUCAAAAUUGUUAAGUCUCAAAGGAUUUCUCAGUGAUAUCUGCUCGAUGUCGUAUCAGAAGCAGAGCAAGUUAGAGGCCACACUACGUGCACCAAGCGCUACAAUGUAUGACCUAGACAACUCCGGGAAGUGGUUCGAAAGCGUUUGCAGUCAGCCCAGUGUACGAAAGUUCCUUGAAACAUCCAUCGAUGAAGCCCGCAGUAUCUAUCUUAUUAUCGGGUAUCGGACAGUCAGCGAUGGAACCUUGGUGAAAAAGCUUUCCGUCAAAUCCAACAAAGCGACUGGAAUUCAGGGUCCUCUAAGCCUCCUUCCUGCCGGUAUCACGACGCCAGUAACGAGUCUGAUAGAUCCUACUGUUCAGCUAAACCAAGAUUCCGGAAAUAUCCAGGAGCUUCUUUACAAAUCACCAGGAGAACAAAUAUUCGCUAUACUAUACCGGAAGGUCAAGUACAAGUUUAUGACUAAGCGGUCACUAGAAAGCAUGGUCCUUGAAGCAAACAAUAGAUGGAAGACUGUUUGGGAUUGGAGGGGACCUGCGUCUCAGGUGAAUGUGCCCAAUAUACUUGAGGUUAAUCUGGUUGAUGAUGAGGAUCCAUUAGAGGAGGAGGAGGAAGACGAUGAGGAUGGAGAUGAGGAAGAUACUGAAACUAGUAAACACCCUGUGGGGCUGAGAUCAAAAUCCACUGACCCCCCUGAGCCUACUGAUAUAAUGCUCAAAGAAAACACUCAUUCACCCCUGCAGGUAUCUGGGGGUCGAAGAUUCGAGAUGCGGUAUAUUCUUAUCUUCUUAGCUUGCAUAUGUGGAGGAGUUUCUGUCUAUCUGGAUGGAUUAAUUUGA